AUGGCGCUGUGGAACUUCGGGCGACACGAAGCGCUUCACGUCCAGAAAAAGAGCGACGUAAACAAAGCAGGCUACGGGUGCGAACCGAGUACUUAUCUUUCUUUAUCAUUAAAAGCAAAUCUAAGCGGAUCAUUUCGGACAGUGUUUCUUCAGUAAGAGCUCCACAUCUAACUGCGCUCCUCAGCUUCGCUGUUGGUCCCGGAUCUUCGGGGGCUUUAGGGGAUAUUUUGGGCUUAUGGAUCCCCUCGAGUCUAACGGAGCGGUCGGUUCAUGUUCUGACCCGCCGGAUCCGCUGAUAAAGCCCCGAACCGAGCCGUUACCUCCGGCUGUGUUAGCGAGGAUCGAGCGGAACCGACAGAGGGCGCUGCUGCUGAGACAAGCGCGCCUCGCCCGCGCAGCGCCGUCUGCUGGAGACGGUGCAACCACAGCCAAAGUGAUGAAAACCAUCGACUCUGGGGCUGGAUUCUUCAUCGAGGAAGAGGAGGAGGACAGUGAGCGGAGGACCCUGAAGGUGGUGCAUAAGCCAGCCCCGGUUAUGGAGCCGGACUAUCUGAUGUGUGAGGAAUGUUCCAGACCCUUUAUGGACUCGUAUCUCAGCAACAGCUUCGACCUGUCAGUCUGUGACCAGUGCAGAGAUAACGAAGUGAAGCACCGGCUGAUUUCUCGGACGGAGGCGAAGCAGCUUUUCUUGUUGAAGGACUGCGAUCUGGACCUGCGGGAGCCGCCGCUGCGCUUUGUUCUGAAGAAGAACCCCCACAAUCCCCGUUGGGGGGACAUGAAGCUCUACCUGAAAACACAGGUGGUGAAGCGCUCUCUGGAGGUUUGGGGCAGUGAGGAGGCGCUGGAGGAGGCCCGCGAGAGCCGAGAGGAGAACCGAGAGGUCCAGAAACAGAAACGCUUCAACAAGAAAGUCAAAGAGUUGAGGCGAGCGGUCCGCAGCAGUAUGUACAGGAAGGACACCAGCGCCCACCAGCACGAUUACGGUCCCGAGGAGCUGGUGGACGAAGAGGAGGAUCAGUACAGGAAAGUGUGCAAAACCUGUGGACACCAGCUCACUUACGAGAAGAUGUAGAGCCGGCUGCGCUCCAAACUGCACCCUCGCUCACUCAGUAGGGAGCAAGGAAAGAGUCAGGGAGAGUCAAGCCAAACAGUCGGUGCGGUACAAGAACAAUCACCACGCUGAAAUCCUCUUUCUUGGAUUCACACAACAGCAGAACAAGAAAAUACAUUGUGGCUGUCAUAAGAAAACUCAUCCUCCCUUUCUGACCUGCUUUCUGUUUUCUGUUCAGCUACAGCCGGACCAGCAGAAGGAGUGGAAAUCUAUACAUCCCUACAAUUUAUCCAUACAUCCACCUAUUCAGCCUGCAGCGGUUUAGCCACGUUGUAGCUACGUUCACAUUACAAGCCUCGUUGCUCAAAUCCGAUCUCUCUGACUCGAUGGUUCACACUCGUUUAGGUCAGUGACUCAAAUCGGUUAUUAAUGUGACGAACCAGCUCCUGAAAUGACCCUCAUGAGCUCCUCCUACUCAGUAACGUCACGUGACUGAAUCACUGCAUCAUCAGCACAAACUAACGAGCAGAACGAGCUUCGCUGAGAAGAUCAUUAACUCUGAUCA